AUGUCCACAUUGUACUUGAAUAAAUUCGAAACUAAUACUCUUAAUUCACCAUUAAGUGAUAGAAGUCAUAGCAACAAUAAAUACAAGCAAUUAACAAAAAAUUAUUUUCAAAAAAAAUACCUUCUAUUGACAGCAGGGAAUGAGAAGAGCAUAAAAGCAUGGAGAAAUUACUUAAUUAAUAGUUUCAGGAAAAAGAUGGAAGAAUUUUUUAAUCUCAAGAAACUCAUUCUAUCCCCUUAGAACAGAGGAAGAAAACUUAAAUUAGGACGACUCGACAAUCCCAUAAAACAAUUUUGUUAUUUGAGUGAUGAAAUCAUUGCUUUGAAUGCAUUAGCCAAAUAAAAAGUUCCUGGAAUUGAUUUAAUUUAAGAACAGGACAAAUUAAUCAAAACCAAUUACCAAUAUCUAAAGAAUUCAGACAAUGUGGAUUACGAUUCUAAGAUGUAGAGUAUGAUUUAAUAAUAUGAAGUUAUUAUCAAUCGAAUACAGAAGGAGGCAUUCAAAAUUCAUUUGCCUAAUUACAUUCAAGUCAAGAUGUAGAAUUACAAUGACUUCUAUGAUGUAGACAAUAAACUUGCAAAUCCUUAUUUCAGUUCGAAAUUGUAUGACUCUUGUUAACAAUUGAAAUUCUAAAACAAAAAACUAGUCAAGAAUUCUCAAUAAAUAUCUAUAUGUGAAAAUAUUCAAUCUUUGAAUAUUGAUGAACCUAUUUAAAAAAAAGAGAAUAAAAUAUAGCCAUAAAAAAGCUCAUCAAAACCAUUAGUUAUAGAAUAAAAUUUAACGACUAUAUUUUAUAUAAUGAUCAUGAAGAUGAAAUGGCAUUUGCAAAAUAAACUUGCAAAUCAAAGUCAGAGCGAAACAAAUGUGUGA